AGUGUCUGUGCUCGUCACUUUGUGUUCGAACGUCCGGUACGUAUUACGGCCGUUUCGUCGUCUCGAUCGCCUAGCAUGUUACCGCCUGAGCGACGAUACCGUAAUAAUAUUAUUGAGUAAAUAACGCCGUCGCGACACAACGUUCGUUUGCCCGUCCAACUGCAAGUUGUCAUCAUGACUUCCAAAGUCUCCACAGACUCUGCAGUUACGUGAGUACCUUCCGUACAUCGUAAUCCGGCCGUGCACUGUGUAUUUCGAAUGGCAGUAACGACCGACCAAAUUCAUCGGUCCCAACAUUUAAUUGUUAAUCUCGACUGUAUUAGCCGGCUUUACACUGCCGUUAUACUAUUAUAUAAUCUGGAUAUAGUGUAUAGGCACUUGUGUCGGUGAUCUAAGACAAAAUCUCUCCGUUUUAUUUAAGAAUUCGUUUUCAAGUUGAAAUUUCUGUAAUUUGAAUUACUUAGAUAUUUAUAAAUUAAGCUUUAGUGCUUAGGUAAUACAAAAAUAGAUUUUGGAUUUGGGUUAGAUUCAGCAUCGCACGAAAUGAAUUAAUUUGUUUUGCGGAGAAGUUGUAUCCAUUUGCUAGUUGAAUCUUACAAUGUAUUGAAUUUCUUUAUUGUACACAUAUAAUAUAUAAUAUAAUAGGUAAGUACCUAUUAUGGAAUAUUUAGGUAUAUCAAACAGAGGCUUGGUGAAUUUUCUUUACCUAUGAAGCCAACUUAAUUUGGCACAUCUACCACACACCCACAUAGAGGCAUUCCAUAAAUUAUUCGAUGUACAUAUCUUAUUACCUAUUUAUUAUAUGGUAGAAUGAGGGAAAAAUACCUGCUUACAUACAAUAUUAGAUUAUAUUAUAAUACUCUUUUAAAAUUAUAAAAGUAAUAAAUUCCUAUAAUUACUGUACACAAAGUACAUAAUCAGAUCAUACAUUAUGAUUUAUGAUCUUCCAGUCUUACAUACCUAUCCCAAAAUAUUAAACAUCAUUUCUCAAUAAGAACCUCUUCAUCAAAUCACUUUUAUUAUACCUAGUUAUAGGUAUAUAUAAUUAAUAUAGUAUAUUAUUGAAAUAAAUUGUGUUAUGAUUAACUUAAUUUUUUUUUCUACAAAAAAAAACAAAAUUGAAAAUAUACGUAGUUCAGGUUAAGUAAGUAGGUACCCACAAAAACAAAUUUAUAUUUAAAUGACAAUUAUGGGUUCUUAAUUCAAUCUGAUGACAUGUUUAUCUAUAACUUAUAAAUUAUAAUUUGCAUUUAAAUUUGUACCUACAUUAUUUAUUAAUCAAGUUUUCUUAGUAGGUAUGUUAGAUAUCUUGCUAAUUGUUAAAUUGUAAACUUUAUGCAAUAUUCAUUUUAUAUGAUCAAUUGUAUUUAAGUACAAUUAAAUUAAACAUUUUAAAUUUUUGAUAUUGUAAUAAUAUGUAAUAUUAAUCUAGAUAAUAUUUGUUGAAAAAAAAAAGACCUUUGCUCUUUUAUUUACUAUCAUAAUAAUUAAAACUGACUGUUAUUAUUUUUUAUGAUAUUACAAUAAAGACUUAUUUAUGUAUAUUAUUAUGUUUAAAAGAAUUCUCAUAUCAAAUACAUCAAUUUAUUAUAUAUACAGGGUAAUUAUUUUAUCAUUGAACACUCAUUAUUUAGCAAAGUAUUGACUUUUCAAAUCAAAUUUUUUUUUAAAUUUAAGAAACAAUAGGCUUUAAAAAUUACAUUACCAUUAUUUUUUGUCACCCUUAUUUUUGAAGGUAAAAUGACUACCAAAUUGAUUUUCAAUUAGUAACCUACCUUAAAAGUUCCAUAAAAAGAUAACCUAACCUAACCUUCCAUAAAAAGAUUUUCCAUAAAAAGAGUAUUAAUAUAAAUUCCUUUCUUUGUUGAAAUUUUUUUUGUUUUUGCUUUUUAUUUAGUAAGUUUCCAAAAAAAAUUGUUUUGAAAAAAUUUAAUACUUAUGAAAAUAAUGAGUGUUCUACAAUAAAAUAAUCACCCUGUAUAUAGGGUGAUAUAUAUAUAUAUAUAUUAAUAAAUGUAUAAUAUAGGUAGCCAGAUAGGUAUGUAUUAGUUAUUCAUAAUAUUGGUUUCUAUAGAAUGCAAUUGAAAUAUUUUCGAAACUUGUGAUUAUGAUUUAGUAAUAAUAAAUUAAAAUAUUUUUCAGUUGGUAGAUAAAUAUUGCAUAACCCGAACAACAAUUGCUUAAAACUAAUUUACCAAAUACAUACAGUUAAAGUUUAAAUCAUACAGGUCCAUAAAUAAUAAAAUGAAAAACAAUAAACUUUUAUGUAUUUAUAAAAACAAAGUAGAUCUUAUACACCUAAUAGAAACAACUAGGUAUAUUUAACAUGGGUAUAUAUUAAAUGGGUAAUUUAUUAUGAUACACUAUUUUUAAUAUUAUGAAUUAGUAGUUACCUAUAAAUAAGAAAGUAUUAAAUAUAUAUAGGUACAUAAAUUAUUUGUGUUCAUUUUAUGUUACUUAACCAUUUUCGUUUCUUCUCUUCCCUCAAAUCUAAGUCAUCCUACAUAUAGUUACCUAUUUAUUUUAUUUUAUUUUUUUUUAAACAUACAACAAAUUAUAAUGCAUGAGUUAAUUUUGUCUCUAUUUGUUGUUUAUUAAUGCAUUCAGAAUGCAUUUUAGAGUUAAAUAAUUAAAUACUAUUUACAGAAUAGAUACAAGUGGUACAACUACUCAGCACUGAACCAAUUACCUAGUCAAAAUAGUUAAAAGUUUAUAAUCAACUUAAAACCUGUUUUAAUGAUGUAUAGGUACUUAAUGUAUAUAUCUAUACUUUAUUAUAGACACUAAUUAUAAGCAUUAAAAAGUAAAGACACAAGUUAGUCAAUCAUAGUGUAGAUACGGUAUAUGAAUCUGAAAUACAUUUUGAUGAUAAUUAUAGCUUGCUAUGUAUCUAAACAUUUUAUAAGUCAGUUUUUCAAUUCACUGAUUGAAAAUAAAUUGCAUAACAUUUUUUUUAAACAAUUUUUUUGUCUGAAUUAGAGUUAUCUGUUAUUUCAUUGAAUAGUUAAUUAUUGUCAGUGACAGCAAUUAUUUAUAUUUAUUAUUAUAAUUCUUCAAUUGUUAACUUAAACAUUUUACUAGCCACUUUGUUAAGUCCAAUUUGUCUGUAUAACAUACAAGUCCCAUUAAUAUCAAUUUUAACAAACAUAAAUAAUAUUUUAUUAAUUUAGACAGUAGGUAUCUUUAUGAAUUAUUAGAACAUAUUCUUAAAUACAAAAUAGUUCAACUUAAUAAUAGGUAAAUUUUUCAAGAUUAUUAUCAUUAUAUUUAAAUUAAAUGUAAUUGAUUUCAGUUUACUGACAACACUAAGUAAUUAUUAAUUGUUGUUGAUUCAGUUUUUAUAUCAUAUCAAAUGCAUUUUUAAGAAUACCUAUAAUCAUUUUUACCAGAAAUAUACUAUCAUAAUAUAAUAUUGUCUUGGCCUAUCUAACAGACAUUAUUGUAAUAUGUUCUGGUUAAAUUUAAUUCAAACGCCCAUGAACAAAGUUAAUAAUAAAAUAUUUUGGAGGGCAUCCUGUAGUCUUUUUUUUAUUUUAUUUUUGUAAAAUAUUAUCUACAAAAAAAAUUAGUUGUUUAAAACAUUAAAACACUAACUGUAUUUGUUUGUAAAAAGACAUAUUAUAUUUAUACCCUCAACAUUUUACUGUAUUAAACUUCUCUAAAUGUCUUAAAUGCAUGCAAAAUAAAAAAAAAACUGUUAUUUCAAUAUACACACAAUAUACCUAUUUAGAAAUAAAAUUUGAAAUUGAGAGUAUAAGAAAAUUUUAAUUAAAAAAAGACAAAACUAAUAAAUUAUAUUUAUAUUACAAUAAUAUUAUGUUCUUUACUAAAAAUUACAUUUUGUGCUAAAAAAUGUAUAUAAAAUUAAUUUUAAGUACGUACCUAUAUUAAAAUAAUUAACCUUAAUCUUUUUUUUUUUUUUAGGAAAUCUCCACCUACUCAUAGUUUUUCGUAAGUAUAGUAUAAUAAAUACUAUUAUAUUAAAACGGUUUUACUUUGUAUACCGUUUUUUCAUUGAAAUUAGCAAGAGAAUAUGAAAUUAUGUUAUAUUUUAAAUUUAAUUUUUCUUAAAUGUAACAAAAACAUGCUUAUACUCAAAGCUUACAAUAUGCAAACCCUCAUUAAGCCUAUGUAGUUUUAUGGUAUUAAUUAAUUAUAAAUUUAUAAAUUAUAUCUGGGGCAAUUAUUUACAAAAUUUUAAGUGGAAGAAUACAUUGUCUAUAAAAAUUGUACUUAAUUUUACUGGCUUGCUAAAAUAUAUAUUUAUAUCUAUAGAUUGUUGCCAAAAAUUGUGAAUGGUGGUAUAGCUGGUAUUAUUGGUGUCACUGUGGUUUUCCCACUUGAUUUGGUUAAAACAAGGCUUCAAAAUCAAAAACCUGGUCCUGAUGGAUCUUUCAUGUAUAAAUCAAUGUAAGAAACUACAAAAAGAAACUUAAUCUUUUAAUAACUUGUAUAUGUUAUAUUAUAAAUUAUCUAUUAAUUUAAAGGUUUGAUGCAUUUCGGAAAACAUAUGCUGCUGAGGGAUAUUUUGGAAUGUAUCGAGGUUCAGCUGUAAAUAUUUUAUUAAUUACACCUGAAAAAGCCAUUAAGUUGGCUGCUAAUGAUCAAUUUCGAUAUUAUUUGUCUUCACCUGGGUAUGUAUUAUAUAUUUACGUUAAGGGUUUUCUAAUAGAACGGAGGAAACGUAUUAAAAACUCUUAUGUUUAAGGAAGCCUUUAACUUUACUACGCGAAAUGUUGGCUGGUGCUGGUGCAGGACUUUUUCAAAUUGUUGUUACCACUCCGAUGGAAUUAUUGAAAAUACAAAUGCAAGAUGCUGGUCGUAUUGCAGCACAAGCUAAAUUAGGUAAUAAUGUUUAUUUGUCCUAAAGUUAUUUUAAUUUAGAACAAAUGUUCUUUGAGUGUCUUUAUUAUGGUUUUUAAAUUUAUUUAUUUUAAAAUUUCUUAUAUUUAUGUAAAUAAAUAUCAUUCAAGUUUUAGAUUCUGAAAGUAGCAAUGAAUGUAAUUGGUUUGAUGUGUGCUUUUUUGUCUGUUAACAACUUUUCUAUUAGAAAUCUUUGGUAAACAAUUUCAGAGGUGGUUUCUGGAAUCUAAUUUUAUCUAUAUUGGGGAGGUAAUUCUUUUAUAUUCCUUAGUUUUCAUAGCAACUGUGAAAAAAUGAAAAUAUUUCUGUUAAUUUAGAUUCAAUAUUUUUUUCGUAAUUCAGUACCCAAAAAAAAAGUUGAGUCCUGAAAUUUUCUCCCAACGAUUAUUUUAUCUAUUUCUAGAUGUAGUAAUAUUUUCAAAUUAUUCUAGUGAUUUUGGAGCUAUGUAUUAUCAUUGGAAAUUUUCAAGUUUUUCUUUAGUUUUAUCAGUUUUAUUUGUGUACAAUUUCAUAGUUGUCACAACUUCUAGAAACCUGGAAUACUCAAAGAAUUUGUAUACAAUUCUGGAAUUAUAAUUUCAAACUUCAAUCUCUAUUUUCAUAAGUAUUAAUUAUUCAAAAUUCCUUUUUAUCAUAGAUAAUAAUAUUAUUUUAAUAAUUCAAUGUAAUAUUAUUAUAUUCCUGUAUAUUAUUUUGUUGCAUAUUUUAUUUUAACUUAAACAAUUUCAAUUAUACUUUAAAUACCAGUAGAUAAAUCACUAAUGAGUUUAUACAAAUGUUUGGUAGUCUUAUUUCAGGAAAUCUUUGAUAUUCAUUUGAAAAAUCAUUAUAUUCUGAAAUUUGAUGUACAUAUUAUUCAUCAGUGUAAUCAUGUUCUCUGAUAAAUAUUUUAAUUUUUUAAAACUUGUUCAUAGUUACAAUUAUUAAUUUUGAUAUUAAAGCCCACCUUUUAAUUCUAAAACAAUAAACAUGACAAACAUUUUACCACAUUAAAUAAUUAAUUUGGUAAACCAUCUUGGAAACUUCAAAAUGGAAUUUCGUGGAAACCAUAAAUUUGUUUUGAUUAUCAAGAAAAUUUAAAAAUAUUAUUAUAAUAACAAAAAAGUUAUUCUAAUGUAUUAUAAAUCCUAUGUUUCCUACUUCACACACAUAACACCUAUGGUGCGAAGCCAUUAGAGCUCUCAGAUAUUUUUAAGUGGAAAGAGAGGGAGGGAGAAAAUUCAAUAUUUUAUACCUUUUACAAUAUUUAAUUCGAUGAAAAAAAAAACAAAUGGACAAAUUUGUUAGUUUUUUCCAUUUAUUAUAAAAUCCUUAAAAAAUCAAAAGAUGACCUCCCUAAAGUACCACCUCAGGAAAAUUUCUUUUCAGAAAAAGUGCUAUACUUGAAAAUCAAAGUAAGAUUUCUGGUAGAAAAAUUGUUCACAGAUAAAAAAAAAUAAACAUUCCUUGCUCCUCUUAAAAUCUAAAAAACUAAAAAAUUAUUUCAAUAUGAUAAAUGUAUUGCUAUAUAAAAUUCUGGGAGGGGGCAAAUUUCCCAUCUUUCUCCACCCCUACUGUGCACAUAGUAUCCAUAAUUUUUUUUAUAUGUGAAAAGAAUGUAAACACUACUUAAUAAUAAUAACUAAUCUAUUUUAUUAGAGGGAAAAACGGUGCCAAAAGUUUCAGCUACAUCGUUGGCCAAAGAAUUAGUAGCAUCUAAAGGAAUAUUUGGUCUUUACCGUGGUGUUGGGGCCACAGGAAUGCGUGAUGUAACAUUUUCUGUUAUAUACUUUCCAAUGUUUGCCCGACUAAAUGCCUUAGGACCACGAAAAAAGGAUGGCUCUGGUAUGUAUAUAUUUAAUUAAUUUGUUUGCAUUGAAUAGAAGAAAAGAUUAAAUAAUUUUUAAUUUUUAUUUUAUCAGGUGAUGCAGUAUUUUGGUGCUCUUUUGUAUCAGGUUGUGUUGCUGGUUCAAGUGCUGCUUUAGCUGUUAAUCCAAUUGAUGUAAUUAAAACAAGAUUACAAGCAAUUAAAAAAACCGAAGCUGAAGUAGAAUACAAAGGAGUUGUCGACUGUUUUGUGUAAGAUAAUAGUUAUAUAGUUUAUAAAUUUAUUAAUUUAAAGUUUUACUUUAUUAUCAUUUAUAUUCCAGGAAAACAUUACGUAAUGAAGGUCCUUUGGCAUUCUUCAGAGGAGGUGCGUGUCGAAUGAUUGUGAUUGCACCGCUUUUUGGAAUUGCACAAACCAUUUAUUAUUUAGGUGUAGCUGAAAGAAUUUUGGGUGUGAAAAAAUAAGGAAUCAGUAUUCAGUGUUUAGUAAUAAAAAUGUAUCUGCGUGUAGUUCACUUUUAUUUUAACACAGUAUUAUUGUUAGCUCAUUUUUACAGUAUCAUGUAUUCUCGUGCCUAAUUAUUCCAUUACGAAUUUUAAUUUUAGUAACAGGUACAAAAACUAUUUACCAAAUUUCAUAUUCAAUUAAAUUAUUAUUAAUAAUAUUUCAGGGUUAUUUAAGUUUUGUGUAUUAACCUUGUGUUGAUUCUAAUUAAUAUUAUUUGAUGAAGAAUAUUUUUAUGAACUAAAAUAUUUACGAUUUUAUAAAAGACAAUAGUCACCAUCUUAAAUUAAGCUGUCUUUUAAAAAUAUGUUACUUAAAUUAAGGUUGAAAUUAACUGUGAUUGUUUAUUAACAUUAUCUUCUUUGUGUACUUAAGUAUUGAAUCUGUUUUCAUGCAUUCCGUGUCCAAUGUAACUGUAUUUAUAAUAUGUUAAUGCCAAAUUUUUUAUCAUUGUACUUACUAUUGUCAAUGAUGUAGCAUUUUGCUUGUAUUAAUUAUUAUUGUAAGAAUGUUUAAAGAUCAAAUUAUAAAAUUACCAUUAAAAUAUUAUUAAUACAAUGAGAGCUUUUUUUUAUUUUUAUUGUUGAAUUUUAUAAACCAUGAUUAUUAGAUGACAAUUAGGUUCAAAAGAUUAAAUUGAAUAUUUAAGUAUAUUUUAUAUUAGAUAAUAUUUAAAAAUAUAUGUUAUAGAAAUUGGGAUUAUAACAAUGUUAAAACAUUUUUUCCAAUCCAGACUUAUAUCAAAGGAAAAACCCUCUUUGUACUCAGUCUCAUUAUUUGCAAGUAGGUAUGAAUAUUUAUUUUGAAAUACCUGUUUAACUUUCCUUUUGUUUUCUAAAUUUUAAUCAAAAAGUUUUCUACCACCCACACAAAAUAAAUCAUUUUUUUCAAAUUUAUAUUGGCUUUAGAAUGAAUCGCUGAAGGGCUUUAAUGAUGACAAUUGGCAUUGCAACACAGUAAAAGUAUUAAAUUAUUAAAAAUAACAAAUAUAUUUAACUAUCUUUUGUUGAGCAAAUUAUUUUUAAAAAUAUUACAAAGUUCAAUUAGUUAAAAGAAAACACAAUUGGUAUAAUCUAUAGAUUAGAUUCAAACAUGAUUUCAAAAAUGUAUAAAUCCACAUUAAAUUGUCUUAAUUUUAAAAUUGUAAUAAUGUACUAACUAUAAAUGUAUAUCUUAAAUUUGAUUAGGUUUUCAAUCAAUUUGACUAAAGUGUUGAUCCAUGAUUUUGUGUCAUACUUAUUCAAGUAUAUAUAUAUCUAUCUAUUGAUAAUUAAAUGAGACAAUAAAAAGAAUUUUUUGUAACCACUUAGUAGUUAGUUGAUACUUAGUUAUUACAGAUUAACAUACUCUCGAGUAAUGUAUCAAUAAUAGUUUCAUAAAACACUAUCAAAACUGAAAUGUAAUAGGACACAGAAAAUAGAUAACAAUAUAGUACUUAUAUUUAAAUUUAAAAAUGUAUUGAUUACAUAGAUAUGUAAAUAGAAAAACAACUAUUGUAGAUAUAUUAAACUAUAUUUUACAUUAUUUUUAAUAAUCAUCAAUACUAAGUACAUACUAUUAUAUUUUAACUGUUAAUUUUGUAUUAACAUUGUUAUUGUUCUAUUUGCAGACAUAUAACUAUCCCAUAUAAUUUAUUGAAUAAUAUAGAAUAUCAAAAUGUAAUACAUGCGAUUUUUUAAGAAAUACAACUAUGUAUUAUAAAAUUGAAGGAAUAUUGGAGCUAAUCACAUACAUAGUGCUUAUAUAAUAUAUA